AUGGCACCGUUCCAUCAACGAAACAUCGUCGCACAACAUCUGCACUCAGCAUACCGACCAGAAGAAGACGCCGACUCACUGUUCGAAGCGACCUUCAACACCAAGAACCACGCCAAGAUGCCUCGCACUCCUUCCUCCGACCCAGGCUUCAAGCCUGAUCUCAAGCUUGAGGAGCAAGAGACCGACUGCGAAGAGCCACAAGCACCACACCGCACUUCCCUUCAUCCACAGCGACCCCUCUAUCAGCACCAGAUUCCAGGCACGUUCGACCACACGUCCAAGAACCAACGCCUCUCCUUGACUUGUCACAUCAAAAAGUUCAUGAAGGACAGCAAAGCCAACGACCUCACUCCUGACCAGCGUUGGCCCAUGCUUUUGAAACUACGAGAGAGCAAGCUCAAAGAGAUGGAGGAUAUGGGCAAGCUGACCCUGCAAACGCACCCCGACCGCCUGGCCAACGGAUGGAUUGAACACGAUGACGAAUCCCGGAUCCGGAAGCACUUUGCUAGCUACCUAGAUGGUCGUACCGCAGGAACAAGCUACUUUCAGUCCACCGCCACCACCGACAGAUCCGGAAGGCCAGUACAGAGAUGGGACUACAAGGAGAGCUCAGACGAGGAGGGCGACGACGAUCAAGACGACGAAGAGCCAGACGCACCUAGGAUCAAGCGCGAGCAUCUCGGUAACAGCGAGGUUAGCACACCACGCAGCGGCGCCACAGUUGCACAGAUUGGCCUAGGCGUACCAGCACACCUCGAGUUGAUCGAUGGCAAAGCUGUCUCGCGUAGCUUCUGCUUUCGUGCGAUGCUGAACGAGGCCAACGGCCUCGCGGCUGCCGAGGGAAUGGAGAGCGUGCGGAAGACCUGGAAGUGGAUCGAUGGGGUGAUGGUGGUGUGGCCGGCUUUCGAUACAGAGUCUGAGAAUGAUGGCCGCAACACAGAUCCUCCACGGGCUGACUCGGUGGUUCAUGGGGAGAGCAAAGUCGACAAGCAGAAGGUUGAGGAGAAGACCGAGGCUUCAUCAUCUCAAUGCGGCCCCGAUGAGGUUUCUGGUGGCAUUCAAGGCAUCAAGCGACCGGGUGAGGAUGGCCUUGAGGGAGAGGAAGCUGUGGUGAAGAGGAUCAAGAUCGAGGCUGCAGAGGUGCUGUGA